GGACGCGACGGGCGUGCGCAUUGUCUGGUAACUGGGCGUUACAGCCACGCUCCAUAUCUUCUUGUUUUCUUACUAUCAUUAUCUAACGAUACCGGCUCAUCCACGAAAUACCCCACUCAUUCAAUACACACUAACAGACCAGUACCAUGAGCACCUCCCCCACACACAAUCGCAAGGGCAAUUUCCUCACUCAGCUCUUUGCGCUGCGCCGCAGGAAUCAGAACAUUCACGUCGAGCCCUACAUUCAUGAUCACUCCGCCGAUGCACCACCGCCGCCUCCUCCUCCUCCCCCCAAAGAUCACAAGCGGGCACCAUCAUCUGCGCGACGACCUUUCCUGGGAGAUGAAUACAUUAGCGAAAAGCCCCUCCUAUUCAAUGUCGAUCUCGACGUCCCACCGCAGCCACCGCAACCUGUCUCGCAGCCAAUUCCCUUCCUCCAGCAAAGACCACCACGAAUCCCAGUCAAGGCAAACUCACCUCCUACUACGCCGUUAACGCCCGAAGAGAAAGCGCGUCGCAGAUUGGCUGCGCAACGCCAAUCCCAGCUGGAAAAGGAAGCUAUGCUUAGGGAAGAACAUGAACGCCAAGAGACGAAACGACGUAUGAAACUGGAGCAAGAAUGCCAGGAGCGUGAAGAAGAAGAGGAACGGAAAGCAGUGUUGCAAGAGGAGCUCCGAGCUGCCGCACUACGAAAAGCGAGACUGGAGAGAGAGGAAAGGGAGAUAGAGGAACAGCGAUCGCAAGAGCUACGGGAGAGGAAACAGCUAGAGAAAGAGCGGAGGCUGCGAUACACGAAGGAAAUGGAGCGGUGGCGAGCAGAGCAGGUGCAGCGCGUCGAGUCCCAAUGCAGUGAGAAGGAGGAAGAGCGCAGAAGGUCAGCAGAAGGGAGACGUAUGAGAAUUGCUCGCAUGAACGAGGAAGUAUUCUCCGCCAGCAGGGCAGACAAGAUGAAGGGUUGGGUCACGGUACAACCGCCCAAUAUGCUGGCGUGGAAGAGGCGAUAUUUCACAUUUGAAAUGGGCCACACAGAAUCCAAGAUGUUGCUAUCCAGAAACCCAAAGGAGAUCGCUACACCCCUGGACGUCCUCCCUCUGGACGGACGCAUUGAUGCGCUAGCAGAAUGGUACGAAGGGUUUGAGGAACUAGAGGCGAUUCCACACUCGUUUGCUGUGCGCUUUGUCGAUGGCGUCGAAUGGCGAAUGUUCGCGGAUUCAGCAGAAGAAAAGGAUCGACUGCUGGUGCUGCUAAGCGAGGCGGCGGGCAUAAUCUUGUGAAGUAUCUGUGGAGUUUUUAUCUUUUGAGUUACAAGAUGCGAGGGAGGACAUAAAUGUGUAUUUCUAGUAGCAGGGCCCUUGUGUAGCCUUUGGUAGUCCUUCAGCUGGAUAUGGAGGUCAAACGAUACAUUCAAUAUGAGCAAGGGCGAGUACGUGCGUCGUGAAUCUGUGAUAGCGGUUGCCACUAGUAAAUUGCACAAAUAUUACAGACGGCGAGCUUGCAGGGGGUAACCCUCAAGUUGUUGAACCUGUAUGCUUCACCAAAAUCAAAAUGAAAGUUAGGCGAUUGCUCGAGGCAUUCC